GGGCGGUCCCCGGCGUAGGCGCAUUCCAGAGCCCCGGCCGCCGCGCGUCCCGGCCGCUCCUGCGCGCUCCCGCCUCGCGGGCUCGGGGAGCCGGGGCGCGUCCGGGCGCGGGCUGGGGCUCCGCUUCCAGGCCUGGGGGCGCUUCCGCCUGCCCGAUCCAGCGCGGUCCUGGGGACCCCGAGGAGCGCCGAGCCGUCCCUGCCCCGGGAACUUCCCGCAGACCCGCCGCGAGGUUCACAGGCAGCUGUGCGGAUCCCGGAGUCAAGCAGCAUGGAUGCAGUCAGCCAAGUCCCCAUGGAAGUCGGGCUCCCCAAGCACAUCCUGGACAUCUGGGUCAUUGUCCUCAUCAUCCUGGCCACCAUUGUCAUCAUGACCUCCUUGUUGCUGUGCCCAGCCACUGCGGUCAUCAUCUACCGUAUGCGGACUCAUCCGGUCAUCAGUGGGGCUGUCUGAGAACCUUCUGGGAGGGCCAGGUGGGGGAUGAGGACAGGAGUCCCUCCCCCAGCCGCAUCCCUGUUCUCAGAAAAGCAGAGCAGCAGGAGGGACUUUGGAGCUUGGACCUCCGUUCUGGUUUUGAUUCCGCCACCGACCAGCUGUGCGAAUUUGGUUGAGAGUCCUAACUCUAUGAGUUCCAGGUUCCUUAUCUUUCAAAUGGGGGUUGUGUUCCCUGCCCUUCCUACCUCAUAGGGUUGUAAGAACCAAAGGACUUAGUCGCGCCGAAAGCCGUUUAUGAGCAGUAAAGUCGCCACACACACACACACACACACACACACACACACACACACACAAUGUGAUGCUGAGCGCUGAGAAGCUUUGAA